CCCACACCACACCGCGUUUGCGAAAAAAUAAUGGCAUCUAUUGCUGAACUUCUUUCGUCGGAGAGCCGACGGUUGAUGUUGGUGUCUUCCUUACAACAUUUAGUACAGCAUCCUGGAGGACUAAUAUCGUUCCUAAAACAAUUGUUCAAUGAGAGUUUGAUUAAUCUUAAGUCGGACGACGUCAGAGCACGAGCCCGGUAUCAUCAAUUUCUUCGAAAAAUGCACGAACUUAUUCUUGCAGUAAACAUAUAUAAGGGGGCAGUUGAUAAUCGACCUUCUUGUAAGAAAGAGCGAACAGAUGCAAUUUUAAUGGAGCUCAAUUGUGAAGAAGAGCAAUAUGCAAAAUUUGACAGGAAUGAUGAAUCCAGAUUUCCAAGGACAAUUUCAUUUAUACAUGAAAUGGAUUUGUGGAAAAAAAGAGUAGAAAAACACUACAAAAGAGUCAAGGAGUUGUUCAAUGACUUCCUAGAGAAAAUAGAAAAAAUGCGUGAGAGUGCAGAAGAUACUGCAAGUACUUUAAAUAUAAUGAAACGGGAGCGAUACCAGCGUUGACUGUACUUGGCGCCAUAGUAGGGGGUGUACUAACAGGUGGUGUAGGGCUGCUUGUUGUAGGGGCAGUCUGUGGUGCUGGUGCAGGAGCUGGUGUUGGUGUUAUUGCAUCAUCAGAAUAUUCCAAAAAGGAGAGUGCACAUACUGAGCUGAAAAAAAAGUUAGAUAAGCUCACCA